AUUCCAAAAACCAAUCUUUUGUACAAGUGAAUAUAUACACGUAUAAAGAAGACUCACCAAAAUGGAAUUUGUCAAGGUAAUCACUGCUCUCACCAUCACAAUGAUAAUCCUCAUGGCCUUCACCAGUACUGGAACAAUGGCUCAAAAUUUUGGGUCAGCACCAGCACCUUCACCCUCAAUGGAGAGCGCUGGAAUGGCAUUGUCAGUGCCUGCUCUACUAGCAGCUGUUGUCUCUCUAGUAGCUUGCCUCUUUUAAAGCUCCUCCGCUUUUUAUAAUCAUCAGCCAGCGCUCUCUUCUUGAAUUUAAUGUUUCAAAUUUCUAUUUCUAGAAUGUAACUCUUUAUUUGUAAACGAAAUUCUUUUUCAGCAUGAGGUGACAUGGAUUUUACUGUUUUUGUGGUUA